AGCAAGUGUGUCUGCGGCAUGUUGGCCUCGGAUUUGGAGAGAAGAUCGUGUAAGUAAUUAUUAAACGUCUUAAUCAUUAUUGUUGUUGUAAGUAGUGGACUGGUUGUAAUAUCUAGAUUCACACUUGUAACCUGUUACUGGCUGCAGGAUGUUCUUGACUCUGGCACUUUUGCGAAAGGGGAUCCCAGGAAAGCAGUGGAUCGGGAAGUACCGUCGACCACGAGUAGUCACCUGGCAGAUGAAGCGGAAUAUGAUUAAACGCCUGGAACAGGAAGCAGAGAAUGAAUACUGGAUCAGCCGGCCAUUCAUGACGCUGGAACAGGAGCGAGGCCAUGCAGCGCAGAGGCGGGAGUGGAUGUGGCUUCAAAUCAAAGAUGCACGACAAGCCAAGUUUCCUGAACACAAAUACAUUGCAGACCAACUCAACCACCUGAAAAUCACCAAGACCUGGUCCAGCUAACCAGAACAUCAAAGACUGAUGGAUCUCAGAGUUUGCAGAGAAAGAUGUAAAUGAAAUAAUAAAAAUCAUUGUUUGAUUUGAUAAAUUCUGCAUUGUACACCUGGCUGUAUGUGAUGUGUGUUAUGUUUAUAAAUGAUUUCUUUUCUAAUCAU